CGCCGUGGCGGUGUCAGCGGACGAAACGGAAACGGAAGCGGAAGGGAUUCCACUUCCAUUUCAAUCGGAGACGCAGAGUUGAGUAUUUUAAGACUCGCUUGACUUGAGCAGUGAGCACACUGGCUUCCACCACACCGCUCCGCCGCGCAAUCUCUCCUCUUCCACGCUCGCGAGAGCCUUCCCCUGUUCCACAGCCGCUCGCGACCAGGCCGCAGUGAUGCAACCCGAAGCUCUAGGCGCCGCCGAGAAGGCGACCGCGCCGUACGGGUCCUGGGAGUCGCCGAUCACCGCCGCCGCCGUCUCCGCCGCCGGGAGGACCGUCGAGGGGCUCGCCGUCGCCGGCGACGGGCGCCUCGUCUGGGUCGAGAAGCGCCCGGAGGAAGGAGGGGCCUCGGUUCUCGUGAGGGAGGCGGCGGAACCCCGGGGUAAAGCUCUGGAUGUUUCGCCGCAAGGAUUCGCGGUGCGGACUCUCGCCCAGGAGUACGGCGGUGGAUCUGGGGCAUUCGCCGUGCAAGGGGACACUGUCGUCUUCUCUAACUACAGCGACCAGCGUCUCUAUAUGCAAACCAUCGGAGAUAGCUCACCACGACCGCUGACGCCAGAUUAUGCCGCGUCAGAAGUCCGCUAUGCCGAUGGCGUCUUUGAUCCUCACUUCCAUCGUUAUGUAACUAUAAUGGAAGAUCAUCGGAACAAUAGCUCAGAUCCGGUCACAACCAUUGCGGCUGUAAAAACAAGCGAUCGAGAUGUUAAUGAACCAACCAUACUGGUCAGUGGCAAUGACUUUUAUGCCUUCCCACGCGUCGAUCCAUCUGAGAAACGUAUGGCAUGGAUUGAAUGGAGUAACCCGAACAUGUCAUGGGAUAAAUCACAACUAUGGGUUGGAUAUUUCUCUGAAAAAGGAGAAGUGCAAAACAGAAUUUGCAUUGCUGGUGGAGACCCAACAUUGGUAGAAUCUCCUACUGAACCCAAGUGGUCUUCAAAAGGGGAGCUAUUCUUCAUAACAGAUCGGCAGAGUGGGUUUUGGAAUAUCUAUAAAUGGGAUGAGCAGAGCAAUGUGGUAAUACAAUUGUAUGCUUUGGAUGCUGAAUUCUCAAAACCAAUGUGGGUUUUUGGUGCCAGCUCCUAUGCUUUCGUUGGAAAAAAUGACUCAAGUCUCAAAAUCAUUUGUUGUUACAGACAAAAUGGAAGAUCAUAUGUUGGGGUGCUUGACCCCGGUUCGGGAUCCUUUUCAACACUUGUCAUUCCCUUCUCUUCUGUAACUAACAUAGUUUCAGGAGAUGAAUGCUUCUAUAUUGAGGGUGCAUCUGCUAAUCUUCCAGUAUCAAUAGCAAAGUGCCAGGUAACUUUGGAUGAAAAGAGAACAGUGACCACUGAUUUCUCUCUAAUUUGGUCCUCCUCAGAGGAUGUAACAGAAUAUAAAUCCUAUUUUAGCUUGCCUGAAUUUAUCGAGUUUCCUACUGUAAUUCCUGGACAGCAUGCAUAUGCUUAUUUCUAUGCUCCAUAUAGUCAUAGUUUCCAAGGCCCAUCAGAUGAAAAGCCUCCAUUAUUGGUCAGGACUCAUGGUGGACCUACAGAGGAAGCACGUGGGAUUCUGGAUCUUAAUGUGCAGUACUGGACAAGCCGAGGAUGGGCACUUGUUGAUGUCAACUAUGGGGGAAGCUCAGGCUAUGGGAGAGAAUAUCGAGAGAGGAUUUUAGGGCAAUGGGGUGCUGUUGAUGUAAAUGAUUGCUGCAGUUGUGCUACAUUCCUGGUGGAGACUGGAAGAGUAGAUGGGCAACGGCUUUGCAUAACAGGAGAAUCUGCCGGUGGAUUCACAACUUUAGCUUGUCUUGCUUUCAGACAGACAUUCAAAGCUGGUUGUUCUUUAUACGGGGCAAGUUUCCACUGUCAUUUUCUCUCAUUUGGCUGCAGCUUAAUCCAACUAUACUUAUUCAGGUGGGGUUGUGUCUCUGUUUAUAAGCAGAUUGCUGACUUAACUUCAUUGAGGGCAGGUUCGCACAAGUUCGAGGCAUGCUACACUGACAACCUUGUUGGGAACAAACAGGCUUACGAUGAGAGAGCACCAAUAAACUUUGUCGACAAAUUUACGUGCCCAUUGAUUUUGUUUCAUGGAUUGGAAGACACAGUUGUACCACCAGAUCAGACAGCGAAAAUAUACAAGGCCAUAAAGGACAAAGGCCUUCCCGUUGCUUUAGUUGAGUACGAAGGGGAACCACAUGGUUUUCGCAAGGCUGAGAACAUCAAAUUCACCUUGGAGCAGGAGAUGGUGUUCUUUGCAAGAUUAGUGGGGAAGUUCAAGGUGGCUGGUGACAUUACUCCAAUCAAUAUUCAAAACUUUGAUUAGUCCUUGCGAAUGUUUUAAACGGCAGCAACAUGUGUACUGUUUAACCAUCAACUGCUCAACUUCAAGGCGAGCUUGUGGAGCAGGUUGUCCUUCGUAGCUGUGUUCUAGUCUGUGCUUACGAGCAAUAGUGGAAGCAAGCUUUAAUUUGCUUAGCUUUUCCCUGAUGUUGACCUGUUAAUUUUCAUGUUCCAUGAUUUGGGGGCAUGCGAAGUAUGUUACCAUUACCAUAAUGGAAGUAUGUUAAUUUGACCUGUGUUCUAGUCUGCUUGGGAUGGGAUUUCAAAGAAUUUUUGUAAACACUACAAAUCCUCUGGAGUUCCUUUUAGACUUUUCUAUUCCAAA